UGCAUGUCGCAAGGUAACUCCACAGUCUUCGCACACCACCACACAACGCAGCGCCCUCGGUUAGGGCUCGAUUACCAAGCUUUCCCCCUCCGCGUCUCGGGCAACGAGAUCGGCAUCCGACGUCACACAACACGCUCGAGAGACGGGGCUAGGAUUUGAUGAGACUGCCAGAGAGAGAAGCACCACUCCUCUCCACCACUCUCCCCACUCUCAUUCACCCCCCUUUGAGUUUUCCCUCGCUCGGUUCUCUUCAGGGUGCAGACUAUAGAGUCCAGACGGAAACUCCUGGCGUCGAGUAAUCCAGGCGGUCAUGGACCCCGUAUCGAUUGCAGGCCUCGCCAUCGGCGUGGCAUCCAUAGGACUCCAGGUCUACACUGGCGCUGUCCAAGGAAUUCAGCUGCUCAUCACAGCCUCGAAUUUCCCAGAUGAUUGCAAGUAUCUCAACCUCCGUUUACGGAUGGAGCAGCAGCGGCUGUUUGCCUGGAGUGAGACAUCGGGGCUUCUCGACUUGGAUGUCAAGAACAGACAGAGAGUGCUCGAGUCCAACACGUUCGUCCUCCAUCGUCAGACGGUACUAGACCUGCUGGUCCAGGUGGAGUGCCUUUUCAAGGAGUUUAAGGAGCAUCAGGCCCGGAACAAGCGUCUCCAGCCGACGCCCGAUCAAGAUGGCGUUGUGCUAAAUCCCGAAAAGGAUGCCGCCAACGCCAACUUCCCCUUACCGCAGCGGCGGAGGGACUUCGUCAAGAAGGCCAUGCAGAGUCUGAAAGCGAGCUCGGAAGAUGCCGCGCAGAGGCUGAAAUGGAUUUCCUUCGAUAAGACUGCAUUUGAGCUUCUCCUCUCAAGGUUUUCUACCCUCAACGACAGCAUGACCAAUAUUCUAGACGCCCGAAUGCAGGUUGAAAUCCACCACACCGUUCAAGACUCGAAUCGUGGAAUACUCCAACUGCACCACAAAAUUACUGAUCUGUCCCGGCUCGUCAUGGCUCUAAACGUCAAAUUGGAAGCCAGCUCCCCUUUGCCAGCGUCACAAAUGUCAGUCACUCAAAAACGUGCCAACGCCGAUGGUCUCCAGCUGCUGUCCCAACUAGCCAAGUUCAAGGCUUUCAACGAAUCUAUCGAGUCCACCAAGAAGACCCCGUGGGACGAGACCACGGCCAUGUGCUUGGAGUUGGGCAGCCCGGACCGCCAGAAGCAUCUCCUGCUUGACCGGUCCAUGGUACACGUUGACCCGGCUGCCGAGGAGUCCGACGAGCCGAGAUGCGAGGCCACACUUCGCCUUCCUGACGGCACAAGCAAAAAGGUGUGGGUGGAAUGGAAGGACUACGAACCGCAAAGGCCAGAAGACCUCUCGCCGCCCAAGACCGUCAUUUGCGAGCGGGUCCGAAAACUGGCAGCCCUCUUGAGCCAUUCCCCCAAACCCGAGGCCUUCAGGACCCCUCAUUGCCUGGGUUUCUUCGACAAGGCAAGCGCUGGCGGGGUUGAGGACGAGGACGAAGAUAUACUGAACAUGCGGCUUGGGCUUGUUUUCGAGAGGCCCCUCGACGAUGGCCUACAUGUAUCCCUUCCGCCUGUCUCUCUCCGAGACCUGCUCCGUUCUUCCCGCAAACCCCGUGUCACAGACCGAGUCAAGCUCGCGCAUGCCAUCAGCAACUGUCUGCUGUACCUGCAUGCAGUGAACUGGCUACACAAGGGGCUCCGCAGUCACAACAUCAUCUUCUUCCGAACGACCGACGGCCAAGUCGACUACGCAAAACCGUACCUUUCAGGGUUUGACUUUUCCAGACCUGCCCGGGCAGACGAAAUGACGGACAUCCCCGGCCCCGGCGACGACGCCGAGUACAAUCUCUACCGACAUCCCCUCGCGCAGUCAACCAACCCAGAGGAACGCGAGCGCUUCAAGAAGAGCUUCGACAUCUACAGCCUGGGCGUGCUGCUAGUCGAGAUAGCACACUGGGCCACCGUUGAGAAGGUCCUCGGCAUUGAUAUGAAUGCUGCGAGGGGGCGGCCGUCCAUCGCCUUGAAAGUUCGGGAGAAGCUCCUGGCCGAUGACCAGAUCGCCGACCUGGGCGCCUCUAUGGGUGCUGUCUAUGAGACUGCUUCCAAGAAGUGCAUCACAGGAGGAAAAGAAUUGGGUUUGUCCGAGGGCGAUGAUGAAACAAAUGACGCUGUGGCUGCCCGGCUUUCUAUGGUUCUUCACGAGGAUGUCGUCAAGCCACUCGGGGAUGUCCGAGUUUGAGGAACUCGGGGCGUUCUUCUUGGGGGUCCUUCUAGCCCCCAAUGCAAUGCAAGCUCAAUGAGGUCCUUGGACGAAGGGCACUGGCCGUUAGAUGGCAGACAUGGCAUGUUCUCCGCGAUCCCAUCCCUGCCUCGAGACCCGCCCUUACCACGUACCGGGUACAGCCAUAGCGAGUCUCGCGGCUUCGGCUGGCCGGAAUAACUAGCUGUGGCCGUGCAUUCGGUGGAGGAGAAAUGUUCGAGAACCGCCCAUGACGACUUUGCGCUCUCACUGUGAGCCUCUUCCGCCCGGGCUUCGUCCCCUAUUUAGCCUAUUCGAAUGCAGGCACGAUGUCACUCACCCCUCUGCCAUCUUUCGCCGCACA